CAGAAUUUCACAAAUCAUUGGAAGCAAAAUCUGGAUUAAACUAACCAAUAAUAAUAAUGAUUAUUUUUGGGCUAAAUAAAGGCGUUCAAUUUUUUUUUUCGCUCUAAAUUUGUUUUGAAAACGAACUAUUAAAGAAAUAAUUUAAAUUAACUCUAACAUGGUGAUUUAAAAUCCGCACUAAACUAAUUCUCGGACUGGUAACUGUUGACAUUAAGACUAGGAGCUUUACAUAUGCGCAAGGAUUUUUGGAGAGCGGCGGGCGCGAACCCUAAUCCACCUUUGAUGCUCUCAAGCUCCAAACUCUGCCUUAUUUUUGAUGGCAAGACUGAAUAAUGCCAGUCUAGCAUGGCUGUCUCUCCAACUCAUGCCACCCGUGGACCGACAUGGCAUUUAGCCGCGUCUUUUCGGACCCUCCGCCCAAGAGCAUCUUUAAGACCUUCGCGGUCAUGUUGCUUUCUAUACUCGCGUCUUUAUACUUUCUCCACUGCCUCACGGAGCGAUGCGGGACCUGUAUACCCACGGAGAAAAGAGACGCGGGUCCGGUGGAAGGAUUUUACGCCUCGGAACUUAAAAAUUUUGAGUCGCUGAGGAGAAAGAGACUUCUUCAGAAAUGGACCGCGAUGAGGCAGCACAGCUUGAUCCACCGGCUCGAAAGUGUCCGUAAAGAGGAUUUACCUGACGGACGCGUUUUCCAGGCGCGCGCGAAGAUGUCAAACUCUUUGGAUGUAGAUCGGGAGAUGGGAGAAUCGUAUUUUGAUACAGGUAAACUAAGCGCGCUAGGUGAGGGCAGUAAGAAGCUGCCUCAGGCGAUCAUCAUCGGCGUGAAAAAAGGUGGGACGCGCGCGCUGCUGGAGUUUCUGCGCGUGCAUCCGGAUAUUCGCGCGGUCGGAGCCGAGCCGCACUUCUUCGACCGUAACUAUGACAACGGAAUGGACUGGUACAGGGACCUAAUGCCUAAAACCCUGGAGGGCCAGAUCACCAUGGAGAAGACACCAAGCUACUUUGUGACGCGCGAAGCUCCAUCACGGAUCUACGCCAUGUCUCGUGACACCAAGCUGAUCGUGGUGGUCCGGGACCCUGUCACUCGAGCCAUCUCUGACUACACGCAGACGCUAUCUAAGAAGCCUGACAUUCCUACUUUUGAGAGUCUGACGUUCAAAAACAGGACUACAGGGUUGAUUGACACCUCGUGGAGCGCCAUUCAGAUCGGCAUCUACGCCAAACACCUGGACAACUGGCUGCAGUUCUUCCCCAUGAGCCAGAUCCUGUUUGUGAGCGGAGAGCGGCUUAUCAGCGACCCGGCCGGAGAGCUGGGCCGCGUGCAGGACUUCUUGGGGCUCAAGAGGAUCAUCACAGACAAACACUUCUACUUCAACCAGACCAAGGGCUUCCCUUGUCUCAAAAAGGCUGAGGGCAGCAGCAAGCCCCAUUGCCUGGGUAAAACCAAAGGGCGGACCCAUCCAAACAUUAACCCUGAGGUCGUGCAAAGACUUAGAGACUUCUACAGGCCUUUCAACAUGAAGUUCUACCAGAUGACUGGCAGGAAAUUUGGAUGGGAUGACUGACAUUAGACCCUGGAUUUUGAAACGACUGAGAAACAACCUUACUGUGACCUCACCAGCAACAAAACUAUGAUAACCCCAAAAGUGGUCCAAUCUACUUGUGGAAAAUGAUAGGCACAGAACACUAUGAACAAACAUCAAAGACAAGACUAAUGUCUUCAAACUGCUAUUACAGUUGCAGAUUUAAUUUCUGAUUCAGAAAGUGACAUUUUGACCUCUUAUGUCUUCAUCGGGCAAAAAGAUGAGGACUAUACAUUGCCUUUGUUGAUUAAAAUAAUACUUCUUUUUUACCCAAUCAGCCAUAUUUCUCAUGUCAGCAACCAUAUACAAAAGAAGAGACACCUGAAAGCUGAAGAGAUCCACUGUAGAACUAUGCAUUUGGAUGUUGAACUGUGAAUUAUCCACUGUGUGUGGACUUAGUUCUUUUGCCAUAUUUAAUGUAGAAAGAGUAGCUGCUUAUAUACCUUUACAAUUAUUUGGAAGAAAAUAUCAAAAGAAUAAAAAUAAGUGUAUUUUUUUUUUACUUAUUAAAAAAGAAAGUACACAUAUACAGUUUAACUAUUUUGAAUAAUCUUCACUAAACACCUCCCAUCACUUUUUGCACGUGGAGGGUGGGUGAUUUCUUUUGUAUUUUGAACCAUGUAACACAAUGCCUUUUCUAAAACGUUUCAUGCCGUUUGAAGUUUAAAGGUGCACUUUUAAAUGUUUGCCAUCCUAUUCACUGAGAACGAUGUUAUCUCAAAAUAUUUCUUCUAUUAAUGGAUCGAAGAUGUAAUUUUCCUCCAGGUUUGAGUUUUUGGUUUUACAUAACGAAUGAAAGUCCAAUUUAUGAUGACUAGAUGGCAAGCUUUUAAGAGUCCAUUUAAAGUUGUUUAUAUAUUAUGUGUGUGUGUGAGAGAGAGAGUAUGAGUUCCUCUAAAAUACAUUCAAUCAGUGUUUCUCCAUCUAAAGGUGAUUUGUGUAACUGACCUGUUUGGAAACUUAAAAGCAGUCUUUUUUUUUGCAUUACAUGAAUUCAGUGUGUGUUAAUAUUUUUUCCCUUUUGCAAUAUUAUCAUUAUGCCUUUGUAGUUUUGUUUAUUUAAUUUGAAUAAUGAAUUUUAUAAAGCACAUUUUUAAUA